GUGCUGCUUGAGAGAGAGAGGGGGUGGGAGAGAGAGAGGAGGGCUUAAUGCCCCAAAGCAGCUAAGGAAAGGACUAAAGCGGCACAACUGUUCUGCCAGAUCAGCCUUCAUCUCUCCAGGACGCUGCACCAUCAGAGGGGUCUUACCCUCACAAGAGCUCCACACUCCACAGCCAAGAAAAUGAACCUCGAUCACAACACAUCAGACCACAAUGAAACACCGUGGUUCUAUGAAUGUACCCUCAACCUGGACCGGGAAUCUCGGCGCAUUGCACUGUUCCUGCUCUACCUGUUCCUGUUCAUGGUUGGCUUGUUGGAGAACUGUCUGGUGAUUUGGGUAAACUGGCGUCGACGACGCUCGGCCAGUGGUGUACUCUUCUGUGUUAUCAACAUCAGUCUGUCUGACCUGAUGGUGGUUUUCACUAUGCCAUUCUUCAUGCUGGAGGUCACCAUGGACAGGGUUUGGGUUUGGGGCCGAUUCCUGUGCAAGGUUACGCACCUCAUCUAUGUCAUUAACUUCUACAGCAGCUCCUUCUUCCUUGCCUUCAUGACUCUGGAGCGGUACCUGACCUUAACACGGCCAACCACGCCCGCCUGCUUUCCACUGCAACCCAGGCACCGGCGAUGGCUGCUGUGUGCUGGAGUGUGGCUUCUGUCCUUGGUGCUGGCACUGCUAGAAAAUGUACAUGUGGACCUGCUUGAGUGGGAUGAACCAGGCUGCUACAUGAUGCCUGAGCUUCACUACACUGAAUGGUUUGUCUCAGUUAGCUUCUUCUGCCUUAUCUUCCAGUUUUUGGGGCCUGGGUCAGUUAUCAUCGCCUGUAACAUUCUGAUUGCGCGGGCUGUGCGUGCCUCUCCGGACGUCCAGAAUCAUAGGGACCUUUGGCUGUUGCACGUGUACUCACUCGUCUUUGUGGCCUGCUGGCUACCCUACCAUGUUGUGAUGUUCCUGAUGAUGGUGGAUGACCUGAAUCCACACUUGAUGUCCUGCAACACUGUAGAUAUACUUUACUUCGCUUUCAGCGUUGUACAGUGCAUCUCGCUCUUUCAUUGCAUUGCCAAUCCCAUUCUCUAUAACUUCCUGAGCAAGAACUUUCGUGCCAACCUCAUCAACGAUAUUCUUUCCCGUAUUUCCUCAGCACCUGCCAACAUUGGAGCCAAUGCAGCUGAUGGCGCAGGGACAGUAUCACGAAAGGAGCGAAAACUCAGCAAUGCCAGCACCAGUCACUCAGAGAUAGGAUCCUAAGAAGGGAAGUCUCCAAUACGUCACAAUGAGGUCUCCUGAGAGACAUGAGGAAGCAGCAUAUAUUUGUGCUGCUAUGAAGAAAACAUUUUCUAGAUGGUCAUCAAAGUAACUGUUUUACAAAAUGUCCAUGUCUCUGUAUCCUAGUGUUAACACCUCCAUGUAGCUAAAGAGACCGUUUCAGAACAAUUAUUCUGAUUUUUUUCUAAAUCAUAAACUAAGGGCUUGGAGAUCAGCCUCACUUGAAAAUAUUUCAGUGCAAGAACCAAUAGCCAUUCAAAAAGACACUAAACGGUUUGUUCUUAUUUGCUUGUAAACAGUGGAACUGGAAGGUCCAAUGGUGUCAAAAGUGCGUGUAGAGAAACAGCUUUAGGAGUUCCUGUCAGUGGAUUUAAGAGGAAGGAAGAAAACUCCCUACAUGACACUCCCACAGGAAGCUGCUGACAAACAUGCCACAGAUAAAAGGAAGUCUAGAAAUCAAACACUUGCAGAGGAUGAUGUCUGUACACUGGACAAAAUAAAUAAAUUGGCUUCACUACUAAAA